AUGGCGAUGGGCUCCAAGAAGAUUCAGGUCUUCCUCGCGGUUGCGCUGCUGAUGGCUCUCCUCGCAGCAGUUGCGUCGGCGGGCAGGGGCAGUUUCCAGCUGGAGCCGGAAGCUAAAGCUCGAUGCAACAGAGUUGGAGCCUGUUCGGCUAGCUUGUGCACCUCCAUCUGCAACACGCAUUCUGCAGGGUCAUGCAUUAUCAAGGGCCAGUUCGUCUACUGCUGUUGUGACCCAGUACCGAUCGCCAACGGCCCCGAUGCCCAUCGUCCGCUUCUUCAUUGA